GCCCCCCCCCCCCCCUCCUAGCUACGGCCCUGCUUAACGCACGAAGUUAAAGAAAAAUUCUAAUCUUUGUUUUUACUCGACUUUUUACUAUUUUUAUUUAUGAGCCAAUGUAAUUGACCCAUCGUGAUGCGAAUCGCGUGCGUAGGUACUGCGUUACCGUGUGGGACGAAAAUCUACUUGUGAUGAAAGGUCACUCCUAAAUAGUUGACCCUAUUGGUUCAAGGAAUGAUCGGAUCACACAUGCGAACUGAAGCGUUAGACGCUUCGACUUUCUUUGUCUUAAUGAAAAAAAGUAUUGCCUGGCUUUUGAAGAGGUUGAUCGUAAUGCGCCAUUUGCAAAAUCACACGCUGAGCAUUCGGAUUAACGUUUCCCAUUCUUUUUUUUUUAGGAAAUACUGAUUUCAUAACUUGGCAACCCAAAAGAAAUGGCGAACUCAGAAAAUUUAUAUGAAUCAACGGGUGUAUUUUGCAAAAAGUGAUUAUUAAAUCGACCUUUGUAGUUUCUGUACACUAAACCUAAACCGAUUUUAAACAAUGUAAAUUUGAGUAGCUACAGGUGUGAACGCAGUGACAUAAAAGCUCGAAGCGAAGCUCGAAAGUCGAAUCACAUUAAAGCCCGGGAAUUGGAUAUAGAGGUGAAUGAUUCACCUCAACUUUUUUCGCCGCGUUUCCAACUUUGCGUCUUCAUCUAGGCGCAUUUUUAAUCAAAGACUUCCACUUGGGCCCCAUACAAAUGUUUUCAAAAUCGGUAUGUACAGUAGAUUAUAUUUUAAUAAAAAUAUUUUAUAAAAAAUAAUAAUGUUUUCUUUAUUUUCGCGCGGUAUUACUAAACAUUAGGGGUAAACUUUUCUAUGAGUUGGUAACUCUGUUUGAAUCACCGAAUUCCGAUAGAAAUCCACAAAUCUCAGUUGAAGUCCGUCAAAAGUCAAAAGCUGUUUGUUUGAAUUAGUAGAACAUUUAAAAAGCUUCGUUUGAGUUUAUAACUUAGUUCAUUUUUAUUAUUGUAGCUCAUAAUUAUCGUAGACGUUAAUAUUUCACACGGAGAUUACGUUAGGAACGUGAAUCGCGUUGAAAAUGUUUAAGUGAACGUGCAGUCACAGUUUGUACCGCGAAGUGCAAACGUUAUUUUUGUUUCGGCGGCGCCAACCGGUGGACGUAAUCGAAUACGGUUUUUUUGAUCCGUAACCGCAAGCGAUCGUUUCUUUGUGAUCAAGCAAAUCGUAUGCGUUCUCCGUGCUUUUUAAGAAACUGUUGUGCUGUGUAAUGUUUAUACAAGCGAACAGUAGUUAAUGCAAGCGGCGAUGUCCGGAGCGGCGACGCCAACGGCGACCGAGGCACCUGUGCCGGUGCUGGACGAGCGCGAUGUGGAGCCUCGCACGCCGAUGAAGAGGCUUGGCUCCACUCGCAAGCUGGCCGCCUUCAACAACAUCCGGCUGCAGCUGGCGGAGCACACGCGCGUGCUGGAGGCGCGCGCCGAGGCGACGGCGGGCGUGGCGGGCGAGCUGCACGAGUACUGCCGCCGGCGCGCCGACCUCGAGCAUGAGUACUCGCGCGCGCUCGACAAGCUCGCCCGCGCCGCGCACCAGCGCCACGAGGGGCAGAAGCACAAGCGCGAGCAUUGGCCGCUCACCGGCGCCUUCGCCUGCUGGCAGGCCGCGCUCGACAACACGCGCGCGCUCUCCCGGGACCACGCCGCGCUCGCCGACCUGUACGGCGGCCCGCUCGCCGCUCGGCUGCAGCGCGCCGCCGACGACGUCCUGCGGCUGCACCGCAAGUGUCGCGAUAUCGUGACGGAGCGGCACGAGGAGGUGGGCGCGGCGCUGGCGGAGGCGUGGGGCGCGGGCAAGGCGCACGCCGCCGCCGCCGCCGAGUGGCGCGCCGCCGCGCUCAAGCUGCGACACGCGCACGACCAGAGGCAACGCAUCGCCAGUGCCGACCCGCCAAGACACAAGAAACUUAAGGCGCUCGACAAGGACUUAGAAAAGCGGCGCGCCCGACACAGCGAGGCGCGCGUGCGGGCGCUGCGGGCGCGCGCCGACUACGUGCUCAGCCUCGAGGCCGCCAACGCCACGCUGCAGCGCUACUACCUCGACGACAUCGCCGACAUCAUCCUGUGCACCGAGGUCGGCUUCGACGCCGUGGUGGGGCGCACGGUGCGCACCGCCAGCGCGGCGGAGAGCGCCCGCGCGUCCGCCGCCGGCGCCGCCGCCGCCGCCGUGCGCGCCGCCGCCGACGCGCUCGACGCGCUCUCCGACCGCCGCCGCCUGCUCGACGCGCACGCCGCCGCCUUCGCGCCGCCGCGCCCGCUGCCCUACCGCGGCGCGCAGCCGGACAAACAGGACGCGGAGAUGCGCGAGGCUGUCGGCGAGGCGGCGGAGGAGCGCGACGCGGCCGCCGAGCAGGCUCGCGGCGAGCUGGCGCAGCGUCUGCAGCAGCUGGAGGGGGCCGCGCGCCGCCUGCGGGCCGAGUGCCGCGAGCACGCCAAGACUCUCGACGCGGCCGAGGCAGAACUCGUGCGACAGAUGGAGGGUGCCGACGCCAACUGGGACGUGAGCGAAUUUUUCGGUCCGGGCGCGGGUGGCUCGCCCCCGACGCUUCCCGCCGACGAGCCUGAUGCGCCGCGCCGCGACCAAGAGGACUAUUACCUCGCGAAGUUCCGAUCAUAUGUGUCGUGCGCGGGGCGACUGGCGCGACUGGAGAGCAAGGCGGCGGCUGUGCGCGGACGCCUGCUGGGUGAGGAAGCGCCGCCGCCGCCCGCCCCGCCCACGCCCCCCACGCCCCCGCGCCGCGCCGCCGCACGCUGCGCCGCGGACAGUUCGCCGCUCCUCGACCACCGACUGCCCGUGGUGUUGACGUCGUGCGUGCGCGUGAUCGCCACGUACGGCCUGAAACACCAAGGCAUCUUCCGAGUGUCGGGCUCGCAAGUGGAGAUGCAGGCGCUGCGCGCGGCGUUCGAGCGCGGCGAAGACCCGCUGGCGCGCGUGCGCGACGCCUCCGACAUCAACUCGGUGUGCGGGCUGCUGAAGCUGUACUUGCGCGAGGUGCGGCCGCCGCUGCUGCCGCCGCAGCUGCAGGAGCGCCUGCUGCGCAUCGCGGCGCUGCCGGAGCGCGACGAAUUCGUGCGGCGCCUGCGCGACACGCUCGCCGCGCUGCCGCUGCCCGCGCUCAUUGUGCUGCGCUACUUGUUCGCCUUCCUAGCGCACCUCACCGAAUACAGCGAGCACAACAUGAUGGACGCGUGGAACCUGGCCAUCUGCGUGGGGCCGACACUACUGGCCGCGUGGGGGGAGGGCGGCGCGCAGGUCACCGCGCAGAAUCUCGUCAAUGAACUCGUAAAACGUACCAUCUUGCACCAUCGCGACGUGUUCCCGCAAGACGUCGCGCCCUAUGCCCUCUACACAAGGUUCAAUGAAGCGGACGGGGAGCACGAGGCGCGGGACGAGGCGCAGGAGGAGGGCGGGGACGAGGGUGGCGGCGCGGCGGGCGGCGCGGCAGUGUCGGCGGGGCGCGCGGCGCGGGAGGGGGGCGCGGGGGACGCGCUCGACGAGCGCGACGCACGCGACGACCGCGACGACCUCUCGCUCUACGACGACGACGACGACGAGCAGAGCGACGAGGGUGAGAACGGCGAGUGGGGAGAUCGCGACUCCAUGGAGCGACACAGGACGCCCGACGAGCGACGCCGCGGCUCCGCGCAGACGCAGCCCGCCGCCGCGCCGCCGCCCACGCCGCGCACGCCGCCGAGCCGGCGCGCUGCAGGUACCUCUAUAGUUUGUAUUCGUGCUACAAUUGCCACUAGAGUGGAAUCCCAGACGAAUGAUGUACGUGGUGUGUGUGGCAGGCGGCUGGCGGAGAGCACGCCGGACCUGGUGCUGGACCUGCCGGCGCGGCCCGCCCCCGCCGCGCCCGCGCCCGCGCCGGCCGCCGAGCCGCCCGACGCGCCGCCCGACGCGCCGCCCGCCGCCGACUCGGCCGACACGUUCGCGCACAACCGAGACACACUCAAGAAGAGGCCGCACCACAAGCAGUCGCGGUCGGAGGGUUGUGCCGAGGGUGGGGGGGAGGCGCGCGCGGACGGCAGCCCCGUGCCGGCGCGCAACACGGCGCGCGUGGCCGCCAAGUUCGCCGAGCUCACGCUCACGGGCGGCUCGCUGAAGCCGGCGCUGGCCGCCAAGCCCGCGCUGCUGCGCCGCCCCACGCCGCACCCGCACGCGCCGCGCGCCUCGCCGCCCGCGCCCCCCGCCUGCCCCGCCUGCCCCGCCUGCCCCGCGCCGCCCGACGCCGACGCGGACGCGCCGCACUAGUGUAGUGCGAGCGGCCGCGAUGUUUGUGAUGACUGCGCACACUGGCUUGAAAUGAAUCUCGCAACGUCCGAGGAGCUGCAGAACACCUCGGACGCUCUUAUGUAUGAUAGACAUGAUCGUGAUGUAUUUUUUGAUGUAAUUUAGGCCGUCAUAUGUGGCCAUCCCGUCACACCGCGGCGUGGCGACGCGUGGCCGACGCUUGGCGACACGUCGCGGUGUGACCGUGUACUCUGCAAUGUGCUGUACCUCUUCUAACUACAUACUCAAUAAAACAGUAUUAUUGAUACGCA